AAAACAAUCAUACCAAAGCAACAGGUUGAACAAGUCCUGCAUGACCCCACCUUGUCCGCAGAGUACUAUAAAGCAGGUGUUGACAUGGUAAUGACAGCGUACGGGACAGCAUCAAGACCUCAGCAGUGAUGUCUUCAAAGUUGGCUUUGUUGUGUUUGCUGCUCCUGUUCACUGGAGCUCAAGGGUUUGGUCUAUUCCCAGGGAAGUCCCUGAAUCACAUGGACAUCACAGAGAGGGCGAUUUUAAAUGCCACUGUGCAGGCAUGCCGCUCUCUGGCUCAAGCUGAAGGGAUAGGCUUCACUUUUCCUCCACAGCCUUUCACUGCACAAGGUGUUGCUGCUGCCUGCAGUGCACCAAAAUCAUCCAAGAGCUUUCGCCAAGCCAUUCAAAAAGUCAUAUUUUGGAAUGUACGAGUGGACCUCCGCUAUGCCCUUAAUGCAAGCUUUCAUUUUGACGAAGAAUCGUUCAUUGAAGGAAGGAGAAUCAUCACUGUGGGAAUACAGGCUGUCAAAGCAAGCAACAAGAAAGAAAAUUUUGAGGCAGCAAGACAGAAUCUGGGACAGUGUUUACACCCUUUACAGGACUUCUACAGUCACAGUAACUGGGUGGAACUGGGGAACCAAUUCCCAAACCCCAAUCUUAUCAGAUCAGACACCAGCAUUGGUAACAUAGCAGAUAAAAGCAGAGCGACAUGUCGCAACUGUGACGGAAAAGACUGCAGGAACAAUAUUUUGGAGGAUAUCAUAGCGGAGGGGAUACUGACCUCUGGGUAUUUCGGUGUUGUGCCUUUUGUCUCAACCAAACCAAAAGGAAAAUGCAGCCAUGGAGGAGCAGUUGAUCAAACAAGUACCAUCCAGCCUAAAGGUGGGAUCAACAAAGACACUGUAGAUUCCAGCCAUGGAUUUCUCCACUCUGAGGCAGCAAACAUGGCGAUAGCUGCAACCAGUGCACUACUAGAGGACAUUCGAAGAGCUGCCGGCGACAAACCAUUCCUACAGAUGAUGGGAAUCUCCAGAGGAUCCAAUAAAGCUCUGUGUUUUGUGAUCGACACAACAGGAAGCAUGGCUGAUGACAUUGCAACAGUGAGCAACGUCACUGCCUCCAUAAUCAACAGUAAAGUGGGAACAGAGGAUGAGCCCUCAGUUUACAUUCUGGUGCCAUUCAAUGAUCCAGGAUUCGGACCUCUGAAAAAGACCACAGACCCAGAAGUCUUCAAGAAUACUAUUAAUUCGCUAUCGGCAGCUGGUGGAGGAGAUGUACCAGAAAUGAGUCUCUCUGCACUUCAGCUGGCUUUGGCUGGAGCUCCUUCAAGCUCUGAGAUCUUCCUCUUUACUGAUGCGCCUGCUAAAGAUGCACAUCUGAAAAGCACAAUAAUUGCACUCAUUGAGCGGACUGAAACCGUGGUGAACUUCAUGAUUACUACCUCAACAGCGACCAAUCGUCUGAGACGGAGCGAGCAACAACAUACGAGGAUAGCAGCAGCCGAUGCCCAGUUGUACAGAGACCUGGCUCAGACGUCAGGAGGUCAGGCCAUCGAGGUCACAAAGAGCGAGCUGCUCGAGGCUUCCAGCAUAAUAACAGACUCCUCCAGCUCCUCUCUGGUGACCCUUCUGCAAGCAACCAGAAACCAGGCUGAUAAUUUCCUUUUCAUAGUUGAUGAAACAGUGACAAAUGUUAGAAUUUACAUCACUGGGAGCUCCAUCACUUUCACCCUCAUCAGCCCCACAGGUGAAUCUCAGCAAAGCAGCGACACAACAGGAUCACUGAUCACGUCAUCACAGUCAGUGGGAAACUUCCAGACUCUGCGGAUAAUAAAACAAGUUGGACAAUGGGAAAUAAAAAUGGUGUCAACUAAUCCCUACUCUCUGAAGGUCAUAGGUCAGAGUCCUAUUGACUUCCUGUUUGACUUUGUGGAGGUAUCGCAGGGCGUGUUCACAGGCUUCGAUGUUCUUGAGACACGUCCCAAAGCUGGUGUCAACGGUAGCUUGUUGGUGUCUUUAACGGGGAGCGACUCUGCCACGCUGACAGAGGUCACUCUGGUUGAAUCAGCGGGCACAGGGGAGGUCAAAGGAGUUGUGGAGCCACAGGGCAGCGGAAACUUCUUAGUUCAGUUUGAGCAGAUGCCAUCGGUGCCGUUUGUGGUGAGGGUGAAAGGGCGUUAUGACAGUGACACCGGCACAAGAAUCGUCUUCCAAAGGCAGUCAUCUACCACCUUUAGAGCCUCCAAUCUGACUAUCACCACUGUUUCAAACAGCAUCUUAGUACCAGGAACACCAUUCUCUGUGGCCUUCACUGUGAUGACCAGUGGAAUGGGGGGAAAUCUCACCAUCCAAGCCACCAACAGCCAAAGCUUUGACUCGACAUUUCCAACCACUUUAUUCUUAGAAAGUGGAAACAGCACUAAUGGUACAGUGACCCUCUCAGCACCUCUUAAUACUCAGUCUGGUACUGAUGUCACCCUGACCAUCGAGGCCGAGGCUCCGGGGGGCGCGGACACUAACUACAUCGUGCUGCGUUUCACUGUUGUUAACCCGGUGACCGAUUUCAUUCCUCCAGAGUGUAAGCUGAUCAGCCUGCAGUCCAACUGCUCUGAAAACUGCAGCCUAUCGACGUCAUGGGAGCUGUCCGUCUGGGUGACGGAUGGGGCUGAAGGGGUGGGCGUCGAACGUGUCACCCUCAGACAAGGCAACGGGACCGUGAACACCAGCCUGGAUGCUGGAAACGAGAACAUAACGCUGGUGUCCUAUAGCGCGUCUUGCUGUUCGCCUGAAAUGGAGCUGCUGGUUGUGGACAGGGUGGGUAACGUGGGCUCCUGUCCCUACUCAUACCGGGAAGGUUCACAAGCUGCUCUCUCUAUGGCCACCAGAGUCACUCAGUCACUCUUUCUUUGCCUAAACAUGGUGGUGCUGGGGCUCCUCAUAUUGACUGAAAGUUGUGUUCAGUGACAAUCCUAGCCCAGGUGUACCUGGGCAAAUGACAAAAUUUAUGUCACACAGACCCAUACAAAGACACAGAUGUGAAAAGUAUAAAUCAGGCUUAAGUAGGCAGCUCUUAGUUAUAUCACAUUUAUAAAAUGUUAAUUUGUCAGGACGUGGUGACGCAGCUUGUUAGAGUUUCUCCUCCCCCUCGAGUCAAAAUUGAUUAAUGCAGCUUUAAAUUGAUAAUUUUGCAUGUGCACACAUCACUGGGUGCUUAGCUAUUCUGAGGCUUAUUACUGCUGUUAUAAUGGUAGUUUGUCCUAUGAAAGAUGGUGCAUGGUAGCUUUUGUAGUCCGCCUGCCGUUCAAUAUAUUUAUUUCGUUUUGUUUAUAAGCCAGUCUAAAUCGUAAAAUUAAAAAGAGAAAUCUGACUCAGAGGAAAGACCAGUUGCUCCUAUGGGGAGUAAAGACUGUGCUGUUCCUUUGCAUCAGACCUGUAGCCAGCUCAUCUUCUCUACACAUACAUGUGGACACACACAGAUUGGGAUAGUUAAAGACCGUAUGGCCACUGUGUAGCCUCUCACAGCCUUUCUAGAUGGCAGGUGAGAACUUCUCAUCAGGAAAUGAUCUGGGAGAUGUCGCAACAACAGAUACAAACAUCAGACAUUUUUUUUAAAAAACACUUUUUAUUUUUUAUUGUUGUUGGCAUAAUGUGUCUAAUGUAUAAUCCUUUACAGAACACAAAACGUUUUGCUUUUCACAUUUUGCUACAAGUUCAACAAAUUUUCUCUGGUUUCCCUUAUCACUAUUUACAUUUUGAAAAGUUUUCAGAUAGACUUAUUUAAAUAAACUGGUCGUUGCUCAUCUGAUAGGGAGGGUGAAGCAAAUACAUGUGUCGAGAUGCCUACUUGUCUGGUGUGUGUCUUUGUUAACAACCUUUCACACAACUUGCACUUGUCCGUCUAAUCUACAACCCCCUCACUUCCACUUGUGCACUCUUCUCACUCUUUUCAAAUCACUCUAAAGGGUGUGAAUAUAUUUUUUGCCGUAGCAUUAAAGGUACAUUAUGUUAAAACUGGAAUGUGGAUUAUGUAGAAUCAACCAUAAAACAAUUAUACGAGAUAUGGAUGUAGUUUGUUCCAAUGUGUUGGACCGUCAAUUUGCAUUUACAUUGUCCACAUUCAUGCUCUUACACAAUGGUACCUUUAAAGGGACAA